AUGGAGCAGGAGGAGUCCAGGGGUGCCAAGACCCUUGGGAUUGAAUUGGGUUUGGCCCUGAGACUGGUGAACGGAGAACACAGGUGUCAGGGCCGAGUGGAGGUCCUGUACCGAGGCUCCUAGGGUACCGUGUGUGAUGACAGCUGGGACACCAAUGACGCCAACAUGGUCUGCAGGCAGCUGGGCUGUGGAUUGGCCAUUUCAGCCCCAGGAGAUGCCCGGUUCGGUCAGGGCUCAGGGCCCAUUGUCCUGGACGAAGUGGGCUGUUCAGGGCAUGAGACCUACCUGUGGAACUGUCCCCAUAGCCCCUGGAACACACACAACUGAGGAAACAGCGAGGACACCAGCGUCAUCUGCCCAGCUGCCCAGACCCAGUCCACGGUUGUGCCAGAGCUUUGGCCCCUCAGAUCCCACUGUCCUGUUCCCGGAACUGAAUCGGGUUUGGCCCUGAGGCUGGUGAACGGAAGUGACAGGUGUCAGGGCCGGGUGGAGGUCCUGUACCGAGGCUCCUGGGGCACUGUGUGUGAUGACAGCUGGGACACCAAUGAUGCCAACGUGGUCUGCAGGCAGCUGGGCUGUGGCUGGGCCAUUUCAGCCCCAGGAGAUGCCCGGUUCGGUCAGGGCUCUGGGCCCAUUGUCCUGGACAACGUGGGCUGCUCAGGGCAUGAGACCUACCUGUGGAGCUGCUCCCACAACCCCUGGAACACACACAACUGCGGACACGGCGAGGACGCCAGCGUCAUCUGCUCAGCUGCACAGAUCACCUCCUCCUCUCCAGAUUGGUGGACCCCAAAAACUACAACCACACAGAGAACCGAAUCAAGUUUGGCCCUGAGGCUGGUGAACGGAGAACACAGGUGUCAGGGCCGAGUGGAGGUCCUGUACCGAGGCUCCUGGGGCACCGUGUGUGAUGACAGCUGGGACACCAACGACGCCAACGUGGUCUGCAGGCAGCUGGGCUGUGGCUGGGCCAUUUCAGCCCCAGGAAGUGCCCGGUUCGGUCAGGGCUCUGGGCCCAUUGUCCUGGACGAAGUGGGCUGUUCAGGGCAUGAGACCUACCUGUGGAGCUGCUCCCACAACCCUUGGAACACACACAACUGCAGACACAGCGAGGACGCCAGCGUCAUCUGCUCAGCUGCCCAGACCCAGUCCACAGUUGUGCCAGCCACACUCCAGAGGGUGACUUUUCCUGUUUCCUUCCAAGUAAGCGAAUCGGGUUUGUCCCUGAGGCUGGUGAACGGAGGUGACAGGUGUCAGGGCCGGGUGGAGGUCCUGUACUGAGGCUCCUGGGGCACCAUGUGUGAUGACAGCUGGGACACCAAUGACGCCAACGGUUGCAGCCAGCUGGGCUGUGGCUGGGCCAUUUCAGCCCCAGGAAGUGCCCGGUUCGGUCAGCGCUCAGGGCCCGUUGUCCUGGACGACGUGGGCUGUUCAGGGCAUGAGACCUACCUGUGGAGCUGCUCCCACAACCCCUGAAACACACACAACUGCGGACACAGCGAGGACGCCAGUGUCAUCUGCUGAUGAACCGAAUCGGGUUUGGCCCUGAGGUUGGUGAACGGAGAAGACAGGUGUCAGGGCCGAGUGGAGGUCCUGUACCGAGGCUCCUGGGGCACCGUGUGUGACGACAGCUGGGAUACCAAUGACGCCAACGUGGUCUGCAGGCAGCUGGGCUGUGGCUGGGCCAUUUCAGCCCCAGGAAGUGCCCGGUUCGGUCAGGGCUCAGGGCCCAUUGUCCUGGACGAAGUGGGCUGCUCAGGGCAUGAAACCUACCUGUGGAGCUGCUCCCACAACCCCUGGAACACACACAACUGCGGACACCACGAGGACGCCAGCGUCAUCUGCUCAGCUGCCCAGACCCAGUCCACGGUUGUGGCAGCUACCCAGAUGCUGUCCACGGCUGUGCCAGAUUGGUGGAAUCCGACAACUGCCUAUAGAACUGAAUCGGGUUUGUCCCUGAGGCUGGUGAACGGAGGUGACAGGUGUCAGGGCCGGGUGGAGGUCCUGUACCGAGGCUCCUGGGGCACCGUGUGUGAUGACUACUGGGACGUGAAUGAUGCCAACGUGGUCUGCAGGCAGCUGGGCUGUGGCUGGGCCAUUUCAGCCCCAGGAAGUGCCCGGUUCGGUCAGGGCUCAGGGCCUAUUGUCCUGGAUGACGUGGGCUGCUCAGGGUAUGAGACCUACCUGUGGAGCUGCUCCCACAACCCCUGGAACACACACAACUGCGGACACCACGAGGACGCCAGCGUCAUCUGCUCAGCUGCCCAGACCCAGUCCACGGUUGUGCCAGCUACCCAGAUGCUGUCCACGGCUGCGCCAGAUUGGUGGAAUCCGACAACUGCCUAUGGAACCGAAUCGGGUUUGGCCCUGAGGUUGGUGAACGGAGAAGACAGGUGUCAGGGCCGAGUGGAGGUCCUGUACCGAGGCUCCUGGGGCACCGUGUGUGACGACAGCUGGGACAUGAAUGAUGCCAACGUGGUCUGCAGGCAGCUGGGCUGUGGCUGGGCCAUUUCAGCCCCAGGAAGUGCCCGGUUCGGUCAGGGCUCUGGGCCCAUUGUCCUGGACGACAUGGGCUGCUCAGGGCAUGAGACCUACCUGUGGAGCUGCCCCCACAACCCCUGGAACACACACAACUGCGGACACCACGAGGACGCCAGCGUCAUCUGCUCAGCUGCCCAGACCCAGUCCACGGUUGUGCCAGCUACCCAGACCCAGGCCACGGCUGUGCCAGCUACCCAGAUGCUGUCCACGGCUGUGCCAGAUUGGUGGAAUCCGACAACUGCCUAUGGAACCGAAUCGGGUUUGGCCCUGAGGUUGGUGAACGGAGAAGACAGGUGUCAGGGCCGAGUGGAGGUCCUGUACCGAGGCUCCUGGGGCACCGUGUGUGACGACAGCUGGGACAUGAAUGAUGCCAACGUGGUCUGCAGGCAGCUGGGCUGUGGCUGGGCCAUUUCAGCCCCAAGAAGUGCCCGGUUCGGUCAGGGCUCAGGGCCCAUUGUCCUGGACGACGUGGGCUGUUUAGGGCAUGAGACCUACCUGUGGAGCUGCCCCCACAACCCCUGGAACACUCACAACUGCGGACACCACGAGGACGCCAGCGUCAUCUGCUCAGCUGCCCAGACCCAGUCCACGGUUGUGCCAGCUACCCAGAUGCUGUCCACGGCUGUGCCAGAUUGGUGGAAUCCGACAACUGCCGAUAGAACCGAAUCGGGUUUGGCCCUGAGGCUGGUGAACGGAGGUGACAGGUGUCAAGGCCGGGUGGAGGUCCUGUACCAAGGCUCCUGGGGCACCGUGUGUGACGACAGCUGGGACAUGAAUGAUGCCAACGUGGUCUGCAGGCAGCUGGGCUGUGGCUGGGCCAUUUCAGCCCCAGGAAGUGCCCGGUUCGGUCAGGGCUCAGGGCCCAUUGUCCUGGACGACGUGGGCUGUUCAGGGCAUGAGACCUACCUGUGGAGCUGCUCCCACAACCCCUGGAACACACACAACUGCGGACACAGUGAGGACGCCAGCGUCAUCUGCUCAGGAACUGAAUCGGGUUUGGCCCUGAGGCUGGUGAACGGAGGUGACAGGUGUCAGGGCCGGGUGGAGGUCCUGUACCGAGGCUCCUGGGGCACCGUGUGUGAUGACUACUGGGAUGUGAAUGAUGCCAACGUGGUCUGCAGGCAGCUGGGCUGUGGCUCAGCCAUUUCAGCCCCAGGAAGUGCCCAGUUCGGUCAGGGCUCUGGGCCCAUUGUCCUGGAUGACGUGGGCUGUUCAGGGCAUGAGACCUACCUGUGGAGCUGCCCCCAUAACCCCUGGAACACACACAACUGCGGACACCACGAGGACGCCAGCGUCAUCUGCUCAGCUGCACAGAUCAACUCCUCAACUCCAGGUUGGUGGCCCCCACAAACCACAACCACUCAGAGACCAGGAAUCAACUUCUCCACUCCAGGCCCCGGCAGCCCCACCCAGCCAGAUCCUGUUUAUGAUGUCACCAACCCAGCCACAAAUUAUUCCUGUGGAGGCUUCCUGACCCAAUCUUCAGGGAACGUUUCCAGCCCAUUCUACCCUAGGAACUAUCCGAACAACGCCAAGUGUGUGUGGGACAUUGAAGUUCAAAACAACUACCGAGUGACUGUGACCUUCAGAGAUGUCCAGCUGGAAGGCGGCUGUAACUACGAUUACAUCGAAGUGUACGACGGCCCCCACCACAGUUCCCAGCUGCUCGCCCGGGUUUGUGACGGGGCAAGGGAUUCCUUCACCUCAUCGUCCAACUUCAUUUCCAUCCGCUUCAUCAGCGACACCUCCGUCACCAAGAGAGGGUUCUCAGCUGAAUACUUCUCCAUUCCUUCCAAUGGGAACACAAAGCUGAUUUGCCUGCAAAAUCACAUGCAAGCCAAUGUGAAGACGAGCUACCUCCAAUCCCUGGGCUACUCUGCCAGGGACCUUGCCAUUCCCGGCUCGGACACAAGCUACCAGUGUCAGCCCCAGAUUACAUCGAGCCAGGUGACGUUCAUGAUUCCCUACUCUGGCUGCGGCACCACCCAGCAGGUGGAUAAUGACACCAUUACCUACUCCAACUUCCUCAAAGCGACUGCUUCAAGCGGCAUCAUUAACAGGAAGAGGGACCUCCAAAUUCACGUCAGCUGCAAGAUGCUCCAGAACACCUGGGUUAACACGAUCUAUGUUACUAAUGACACCAUCGAGGUUGAGAACAUACAAUAUGGCAAUUUUGACGUGAACAUGUCCUUUUAUACAUCCUCUUCGUUCCUGUAUCCGGUGACCAGCAGCCCAUACUAUGUGGACCUAAACCAGAAUUUGUACCUUCAGGCUGAAAUCCUCCGUUCUAGAGCCUCCCUAGCCUUAUUUGUGGACACCUGUGUGGCAUCACCGAAUCCCAAUGACUUUACAUCUUUGACCUACGAUCUCAUCCGGAGCGGGUGUGUGAAGGAUGAGACCUACCGACCCUACCACCAGCCCUCGUCCAACAUCGUCCGCUUCAAGUUCAGUUCCUUCCACUUCCUGAACCGCUUCCCCUCCGUGUACCUGAAGUGCAAGAUGGUCGUGUGCAGGGCGUAUGACCCCUUCUCCCGCUGCAACAGAGGCUGCAUUGUGAGGGGUAAGAGGGACGUGAGCUCCUACCAGGAGAAGGUGGACGUCGUCCUGGGACCCAUCCAGCUGCAGGCCUCGCCCCAGAAGAGGAAGCUGGACCGGCAGGUGGUGGACACGGAGGAGGAGACCAGCACCCAUGGGAGCUACCACAGUGCCACCAUUUUUGCCGGGGUCCUCGUGGUCAUGGUCGUGGCCGUGGCAGCCUUCGCACUGGGGCGGAGAGUGCGGGCAGCCCGUGCCCAGCCUCCAAGCACUAAGAUGUGAAGCAGGAGGACAUGGUGCUCAGACCCAAGUCCCUGUGCUCUGGAGCGCGUGAGGAGGGAAGAAACCAGUGUUCAGAGCUUGGUACCCAGAGCACAUAACUGUGUUAAACUCUGGCCCGGUGCAUGGUGGGGGUGGACGAAGGAGGGGGCUGAGAAAGAUGAGAGCAGCUUUCCUCCAAAACACAGGCUCGGCGCAGGGACAAAAUGUCAGGCAAGCAGGCUGGGGACCUAAAAAUCCCGCCUGCAGCUGGGAGCUUACACACUAGGAGCACUCGUUGUGGAUAGAAUUUCUUUUCUGACCUUUUAGGAACCAAAUUCUUUGCCCUGUGGUGUAUAUAUCUUAGCCUUUCCUUGUUAUAGGGCAAGCUGAAUAAAGAACUUUUUUCAAAGCA